GGACGAGUGGGCCGAGGCCAUCCAGAUGGUGGCUGAGUCUCUGGCCAAACAGGAGGAGGAGGGCAUCCUGUGCAGCCCCACCUCCCAGAUAGAGAACGUCAACGAGGAGGAGAUGGACACCUCCAUCAGCCACUACAAACGAAAGACAAUGAAUGACUUUGACUAUCUGAAGCUUCUGGGCAAAGGCACGUUUGGGAAAGUCAUUCUGGUGAGGGAGAAGGCGAGUGGCACCUACUACGCCAUGAAGAUCCUAAAGAAGGAAGUCAUCAUAGCCAAGGAUGAAGUCGCUCACACACUCACAGAAAGUAGGGUAUUAAAAAACACUCGGCAUCCGUUCCUAACUUCUCUGAAGUACUCGUUCCAGACUAAGGAUCGGCUGUGCUUUGUAAUGGAGUACGUCAACGGAGGAGAGCUGUUUUUCCAUUUGUCAAGAGAAAGAGUUUUUUCGGAGGACCGCACUCGUUUCUACGGCGCUGAGAUCGUAUCCGCUCUAGACUACCUACAUUCUGCCAAGAUCGUCUAUCGUGAUCUGAAGCUCGAGAACCUCAUGUUGGACAAGGACGGCCACAUCAAGAUCACUGACUUUGGCCUCUGCAAAGAAGGCAUUACCGACACUGCCACCAUGAAGACCUUCUGUGGAACACCGGAGUACCUGGCUCCUGAGGUGCUGGAGGACAACGACUAUGGGCGGGCGGUGGACUGGUGGGGUUUGGGCGUGGUGACGUACGAGAUGAUGUGUGGCCGCCUGCCGUUCUACAACCAGGACCACGAGAAGCUGUUCGAGCUCAUCCUCAUGGAGGAGAUCAAGUUCCCACGAACCCUGUCGGCCGACGCCAAGUCGCUGCUGUCAGGGCUGCUCAUCAAGGACCCCAACAAACGGCUGGGCGGCGGACCGGAUGACGCUAAGGAGAUCAUGCGACACAGUUUCUUUGGCACAAUCGACUGGCAGGACGUCUACGACAAGAAGCUGGUCCCACCCUUCCAGCCCCAGGUCUCCUCAGAGACGGACACACGCUACUUUGACGAGGAGUUCACAGCACAGACCAUCACCAUCACUCCGCCGGAAAAAUAUGACGAGGACGGGAUGGACGCGGCGGACAACGAGCGAAGGCCUCAUUUCCCACAGUUCUCCUACUCAGCCAGCGGGCGGGAGUGAGCGCUCCAGCCCAGCCAGCCAGUGUCGUCCCCAUUCGUGGCCAUUUUGAGGAAAACACGUAGCCAUUUUAGGAAAAAAAAAAAAAAAAAUACCAGUCUCCCCUCUUUUUCUCCUUCUCUGCCUCCUCACAGACGGGGAGAAGUCUUUUUAGGGACUUUAAAAGAGGUUUUUGCACAGUGGGAUAGACUCCAGCCGGUCUCCCCACACUAAAAAAUAAGUCUCCUACAUUUUCAGCGCUAUUUACUGCAGAAGGCAAUGUUUUUGUUAUUUAUUUUUUUCUCUCCGUCAGUAUUAAGUUGUCGACCCGGGUUGCGUUCGUCUUUUUUUUUUGUUGUUUGUUGUUUCUGCCCUUUUUUCUUCUUCUUCUUCUUCUUCUUCUUUUGACUUUUUGCACUUGGUUUGGAAGAGCCGUUUUAGGGAACAAAAAACCAAAAAUGUUGCCUUACGUGUGCAGAUGUUUCGUAUCAUACCGACAGGGUGUUUUUUUUUUCGUUUUUCCGGGAGAGGGCGGGCGGGUUUUGGGGUUGUGAAGGGUCAUUCUUAGUUGAGAAUAAGUGCAUGGCUCGUGGUUCACUCAAAAAAAAAAUUACAAAAAAAAAAACCUUUUCUUUCUCAUACAUUUGCCAUGGCAGCGCACAUUCCCCAAUCCCAUGGCAAUGAAAAUCACUGUCUACAGGUCAACAGAAAAAGACAAAAAAACAACAAAAACAAAAACAAAAGAAAGACAGAAAACGAGAAUGGACGAGUCUGUAUCAUUCCUUUCAUCGUUGCAGUGUUACUACUUUGCUCUUGUGAUUUUUUUUUCAACCCACGUGUUUUUUUUUAAUUUUGUUUUUCUUCUCUCGCGCUUUACUUCUAGGUUGUUCUUUUGUUUUGAAAACAGGAAACACUAAACUGCCAGAAACUGCACAGUUCACUCAGGCGCCACAGAGCACAACCGCGUUCAAACUCAGCUAACCGCUCCAGCUUUCCACAGCCGGCAGGGGAACGAGGCCUUUCUCUGCUUUCUCACCGCUUCUUCUCCUCCUCCUCCUCUUCCUCCUCCUCUUCACCUCCGCUCUUCUGUUUCCUCAUCGUAGCUGUAGGACUAGUGGAAUGGGUGUUUACACAGGGAAAUGUGGCUUAAUGUAUGUAUGUAAUGUAUGUAUGUACUGUACGUAUGUGGGACAUGGGGGUGGGGUCAACUUUAUGCUGUCAUAGCACACACACACUCAUAGUAUACAUAUAUAUAUAUAUAUAUAUACACACACACACACUCAGAAACAGGAAACCGCUCUACGCUUUCUGUACUGGUCGGAUUGAAGUCAGCAGUUUUCUCCAAACAAAACGGGAUUUGAUUUGGUUUGAUGAAGCUGGAACCACACAGGACGUUUUCUGAUUCAUCAUUUAGUCUCAACUUCUACAAAAAUGUGUUUAUCCAUACGGACUCCUUGAGGAGCACAUACGUUAUAAGUCUCCUGCCUGUUUGUUAAAGCUUAAACCCGACAGAGAGGCAGUGAACUCGCACAAGUCUCCUACUUAAUUGUGAACUAAAUCCACAUCAGUCAGGACCCCAAGUUUCUCUGUGGGCGCUGUGAACAGACCAGCAGUUGAGAGUUUUGAUCUGAUUUCCUUUCAGCUCGAGACCUUCCAGUACCGCACAGUAAACGAUAUCAUGUUAAUGGAGUAGUUGGGAAAUGAUACCACUCUUGUGUCUGUGUUUCAAGGACCAGUGUGUUAGGUUGUAGUGGCAUCUAGUGGUGAAGUUGCAGAUUGCAACCAUUUGAAUGACAGAUCAGCCUUUACCAGGUGAAACAACGGUCGCUGUGAAACUCGUGAAGAAGGCCGUGUCUAGAGCCGGUGUUUGGUUUGUCUGUUCUGGGCUACUGUAGGAACAAGGUGGUUCAACGUGGCGGACUCUGUAGAUAAAAAUGGCACAAUGAACACUUGGCGUUGGGGCCUGGAGGUGAUUAGCUUAGCUUAACAGAAAGACUGAAAUCAAGGGGAAACCUCAAACCUCUCCAAAGUUCAAAAAUACAUCUGUCAACUUGUCUGAAAGCUGAUUUUGUCCUUGUCGUUGUUAAAGCUCACCAACUCAUUCAAAUAGUAAACCAUAAUGAAACCGUCUCGUAGUCUCAGUGCAGUUGCAUCCAUUCUGUGAGGCUCGCUGCUAAAGAAAUCCCGUGUUUAUAACUAUAUCCGAGUUGUGUGUGUAUUGAACUGAUGGUCGUGUACGUGUAAUAAUGUUUAUGCAGCUGCUGUUGCAUCGUGGAACAGGAGGCAGACACUAAAUACGACAGGCGUAGACCGGAGGAGAGCGCUGCACAGGUCCCCCAGUGGGACCGGGCCCAAAGUACAUUUAGUCUAAUCAAGUAGGUUAGGGUCCUGUUGCACAGUAUGUGAUGAAGAUACGUCUUGGAAACUGCCAGACUACAAUCCCUGGCAGCAGCUCGGAUGUACCAGCUACAACUACAACUAAUGUAUUAGCACAAACGUAGUGAGUCCUGUCCUCUAAUGGUCUGAGAGCUGCACAACACCGUGAAGUCACUGCGUGGUUGCUCGUGAACCAAUUUCAUUUGUUUCUGGAGAUUACUGCCGACGAACAUCUGUUCUGCAGAAACCAGUUCACACUCUUCAGGGUUCCUGCACACGUCCGGAAAGGUUCGGAGGAAGAAUUUGGCGAUUUCCAGGUCUUAAAAGCUAUUUGCAAUUGCGAAAGAUUUUUGGAAAAUGGUUGUUUUCUGAUGCCUUGUCAUCUCAUACUCUUGAAGUUCAUGCGUAGAAGUGGAUGAAAUAGGUCAGAGAAAUACGAAACAUAUCGGAACAGUGAGUAAAAACCGCGAAGUGUAGUUUGGAUCUUUGUGCAGCUGUGUGGGAACCCUGACGACACACACACACACACACACACACACACACAAGGUUUUCAUUCAUAUUCACACAGACACAGAUACACAAAGACUGUUUUUAGACGAUAAAUCAGAGUGAAGAGAGUUUAAUUCAUCACGGGGACAACUAACAGAAACGAGGCUUCCAGCUCCAGACGCAGGGCUUCUCUCCCUGCCCAUCCCGUCAGUAUUGUGAGAAGAAAAAUUUAUAUACACACGUUUUUAAAAUCUGAACCGAGGGUAUCAAUAAAUCACUAAUCAUGUCACAGAUCACGAGAAAACUGAGCCGUGAGACACUCAAGUAUGAAGACUGUGAGGACUGCCAGAAAAAAGUCGAGUCGCCCAAACUUCUUGAUGUAAAUAUGCAAUGCCUUUUUCUUUUCUUUUUGUUUUUUUUUGUCUUUAGUGGCAUCUUGACAGACGAGACAUAAACUUUUUUUUUAGUUUUUCUGUGUGACUGUACUUCAAAGCUUGCUGAUGAGAAUAGUGACAGAAAAAAAUAAAAUACAACCAACCACCGCAAACGACUCAAAACCUGCAUUCAAGAAAAAAAACCUAAAAGAAGGAAAAAAAAAAAAAGAAACUAAAUAAAGACAGUGUCAAAGACUGGACCCUCCCAUCGAUUCUUCUUCUUUUCUCGGAUUGAUACACCGACUCAACUUAUCCAUGGAGGAUGUUUCCAUGGAGACAAACCCCCCUCCCCCCCCCCGCCUUCCUUCCGUCGCCGUGGUCCCCGAAAAUGAUCCGACUCCUGAAUUUCUGCGAGAGGACUGUAACUGGAGUCUGCACUGUCAUUUCUGUCCCCCUUCACCCUCUUUAAAAAAAAGAAAAAAGUUAUAAAAAGUGGGAUCAUGGCUGACUUUUUAUUUUUAUUUUUAUUUUUUUGCAGUGCUGGUUUCAUCAGGUUGUUCCAAUCCCAUCAUCCCUUGCUCCCCUUUUUUUGUACCAUAGUAUUUGUUUUAUUUAUGUUUGUCAUUCUAGGCAGUGUUACCUUGUACGUCGUUAAAAAAGGCACCUCUUGAAAGUCGCUGAAGAAUGAUGAUGAUGAUGAUGAUGAUGAUGGAUGCAUUAACUGAAGUCUCUUUUUAUUCUUUUAUUUUGUUUUAUUUUAUUUUUUGAUCGUUUGCUUGUUUGUUUUCUUACCAAAACAUUAGGGCAAGAACCCAGUAGUGGACUUGCAUUGCCGUGGUAGUAUUUAUUUUGAAUUAAAUUAAAAGAAAUACAUUUCAGGG